AUGAGUUAUACGGCGAUGAUGGUCACUCCUCUAGUGAAGGCCACAUUCCCGACUAACAAGCCUUGCAAGCUCAAGUCUGACGCCGCUCCACCACGGCGAAGUGCACGGCAGACACUGGCUGCCGUCGGUGAUGUGCCAAAACCAGCCAUUGCCAUGUUCAGCAACACCAAGGAGCCGGCCAUACCUCAGAGGAAGUCCAUGAAGCAGCCAUCUAGAUCAUCCGGUGCUGUCACAAGAAGAAAGGAGGUCACAUAUGCGGCCGAUGAUCAGCCCCGGGGAUCAAAACACAGUGCUCCUGAGGCCAUUAGAGAUAUGCCAGCGAAGAGAACCAGGAGCAAGACAUUUGCACCGGAGGCAUCUUUGGGUAGACACAGCAAGAAGUGA